UAGAAGCAGAAGCAGAAAACAGCAACCCUCGCCCCCACCUCCCCAUCUCUUACUCUCCACCCCUGACCUCCCGCGGAGACCCCAGGCUACAGCAUCAAUAUUUGAUCAGCCCUUUGCCAGCGCGCUGCCAGCACCCCCGGCCGGCAGAGCUCACCAGGCUUCGCCAGCGCUGCGCUGAAACCCGCGUCUAGCCCAGCGCCGGGCUUUGGGAGAACCGCCUCUGGGCUCGCCCAGUGCCAAGGGUAGCUGUGCUUCGGGGCCCGGGAGGGUGCACGGCGCCCAUCAUGCGUGGCUGCCCGCGGCUCGCGCUGCUCUGCGUUCUGUUCUGGCUCCUGCGGGUGGCCGGGAAGCCCCCCGCACCGGCCCCCUCGCCACGCCGCGCGGACCGCGACCCUGCCAGGGGCGCGGACUUCGAUCACGUCUACAGUGGCGUGGUGAGCCUCAGCACCGAGAACAUCUACUCCUUCAACUACACCAGCCAGCCCGGCCAGGUAACUGCAGUGCGGGUGCACGUGAACAGUUCCUCUGAGAACCUCGACUACCCAGUGCUCGUCGUAGUUCGCCAGCAGAAAGAGGUGCUGUCCUGGCAGGUGCCUCUACCCUUCCAAGGACUAUACCAGAAGAGCUACAACUACCAGCAAGUGAGCCGCACCUUAUGUCCCUCAGAAGCAACCAAUGAGACAGGACCUUUGACACAACUGAUAUUUGUGGAUGUGGCAUCCAUGGCACCACUGGGUGCCCACUACAAACUGCUGGUCACCAAGCUCAAAGACUUCCAGCUCCGAACAAAUGUUGCCUUACACUUCACUGCCAGCCCCUCUCGACCUCAGUAUUUCCUCUACAAAUUUCCUGAAGAUGUGGAGUCAGUUGUCAUUACAGUAGUGUCUGAAAUGGCUUAUCCAUGUUCUGUUGUCUCAGUCCAGAAUAUCAUGUGUCCAGUGUAUGAUCUUGACCACAAUGUGGAGUUUAAUGGUGUCUAUCAGUCUAUGACCAAGAAAGCUGCUAUCACACUACAGAAGAAGGAUUUUCCAGGUGAACAGUUCUUUGUGGUGUUUGUGAUAAAACCCGAAGAUUAUGCCUGUGGAGGAUCAUUCUUCAUCCAGGAAAAGGAAAACCAGACCUGGAAUCUACAACGAACAAAAAACCUUAAAGUGACCAUUGUGCCUUCUGUUAAAGAAUCUGUUUAUGUGAAAUCCAGUCUCUUCAGCAUCUUCAUCUUCUUGUCCUUCUACUUGGGAUGCCUGCUUGUUUUGUUUGUUCACUAUGUGAGGUUUCACAGAAAAGCCUCUGAUGGAAGCUUUGGUUCCAAUGAUGGCUCUGGAAAUAUGGCAGUGUCACAUCCAAUUACUGCCAACACACCUGAAGGGAGCAAUUAUGGGGCAAUAGAUGAAUCAAUCUCCAGCCCAGGGAGGCAGGCAUCCUCCUCUGAUGGUGGGCACCCGUGCCACUCAGACACAGACAGCUCUGUGGAUGAGAGUGACUUCGACACUAUGCCAGACAUUGAGAGUGAUAAAAACAUCAUCCGGACCAAGAUGUUCCUGUACCUGUCAGAUUUAUCCAGGAAGGACAGGAGAAUUGUCAGCAAAAAAUACAAGAUUUAUUUUUGGAACAUCAUCACCAUCGCUGUGUUUUAUGCCCUGCCUGUGAUCCAGCUGGUCAUCACCUACCAGACAGUGGUAAAUGUCACUGGCAACCAGGACAUCUGUUACUACAACUUCCUCUGUGCCCACCCCCUGGGCGUCCUGAGUGCCUUCAACAACAUCCUAAGUAACCUGGGCCACGUCCUUCUGGGCUUUCUCUUCCUGCUAAUAGUCUUGCGCCGAGACAUUCUCCAUCGAAGAGCCCUGGAAGCCAAGGACAUCUUUGCCAUGGAAUAUGGAAUUCCCAAACACUUUGGUCUCUUCUAUGCUAUGGGCAUCGCCUUGAUGAUGGAAGGAGUGCUCAGUGCUUGUUACCAUGUAUGCCCUAAUUACUCCAACUUCCAAUUUGACACCUCCUUCAUGUACAUGAUAGCGGGCCUCUGCAUGCUGAAGCUCUAUCAGACCCGCCACCCAGACAUCAACGCCAGUGCCUACUCUGCCUACGCCUCCUUCGCUGUGGUCAUCACACUCACCGUGCUCGGAGUGGUAUUUGGGAAGAAUGACGUGUGGUUCUGGGUUAUCUUCUCUGCCAUCCAUGUUCUUGCCUCUCUGGCUCUCAGCACACAGAUUUACUACAUGGGCCGAUUCAAGAUAGCAGACCUGGGACUUUUCCGGCGGGCUGCUAUGGUGUGCUACACAGACUGCAUGCAGCAGUGUAGCCGGCCUCUGUACAUGGAUAGAAUGGUGUUGCUGGUCAUGGGAAACCUGGUUAACUGGUCCUUCGCCCUUUUUGGACUGAUCUACAGGCCCAGGGACUUUGCGUCCUACAUGCUGGGCAUCUUCAUCUGCAACCUGCUGCUGUAUCUGGCCUUCUACAUUAUCAUGAAGCUGCGCAGCUCAGAGAGGGUCCUCCCCUUGCCACUGUUCUGCAUUGUGGCCACUGCCGUGGUGUGGGCAGCUGCACUCUACUUCUUCUUCCAGAAUCUCAGCAGCUGGGAGGGAACCCCCGCCGAGUCCCGAGAGAAGAACCGUGAGUGCGUCCUGCUGGAUUUCUUUGAUGACCAUGACAUCUGGCACUUCCUCUCUGCGACUGCUCUGUUUUUCUCAUUCCUGGUGUUAUUGACUCUGGAUGAUGACCUGGAUGUGGUGCGGAGGGACAAGAUCCCUGUCUUCUGAACCCCCCGCUGUGAAGAAGGAGCAAGGGAGCCGUCCACCUUGGUGCUGCCUCGUGCAAACUACGGUGACCACAGCAAACUGACCACUGCCAGUGGCUCUGCUCCACCUCCAGGCAACCAGGACAGUGGCUGGGGGAGGGGAGAGUAAAUCCUCCAGGCGGGUGGGCAGGUGGGCAGAAGGGAGGCCACAGCUAUGGACACAGGCACCGAAAGGCACCUGUCCCCAACUAUCUACAAAGCAGUCAGAAACUAUAUCAGAAGCCAUCCCACCCUCCCACUGAGACCGGCUGGCAGUGCCAAAUUGCUGCUGCACUUCUUUUGCUAGCUGCCACAGGCCCGAGACAGGCCAGCUCCUCGGAUUCCCAGUCAGAAAUGUCAACGUGGCCAUCUGCCAUCUGUGUGACACUUGCUGCUCCAUGUGUCUCAGAGCACCAGCUCACUUUCCUAAGGCCCACAGGGGAAGAGAUUCCUCCAAGAAGAAAGGUGUGGCGGACCCAGCCGGUUCACUCAUCAGCUAGUUGCCACCUCAGAAGGAAGGCACAGUGUUUCUUCCCUGCCCCAGGUCCCUGAUGUCAUUAGUGGACUUGAGGUUGGACUUGGUCCCACACACACACCUCUUCACUGGGUCUUGUGCCUGGGAGCUUACCUGUUCCUCAGUGUUUUCAACUCGUGGAUGUGUGUUGACCUAUCACUCUUGGAAAGGCCCUGUUACUCGGCCGAUUUCAGCUCAGCUGAGACAGAAGGCAAAAUGGCCAGCAGUGCUAAGAGCCCAGUGGCAUCAGAGUCAAGUGGACAGGCCUCACCUGAUGCACACUCAGCCAAGGGAGCAGCAUUUACUGGGCCCUUCUAUCCA